GGAGGAGGAGGAGGAGGAGCCGCGCGGGGAAGGUCACCGGGAGUGACACCGGGAGCGGCACCGGGACCAUGCUGCGGCCCAGACCGGCCGCGCUCCUUCCGCUGAUGAAGGCGGCGGGGGGCGGCCGCCGGUGCCGGGAGCCCGCGGGCGGGGCGCGGGUCCCGUCGCUCUGCUCCGCGCCGCCCCCGCAGCCGGUGAUCGCCGCCAAGGAGCCGUUCCCGGUGGAGCUGCAGGCGGGGAAGACCUACGGCUGGUGCGCCUGCGGGCACAGCAAGCGCCAGCCCUUCUGUGACGGUGCCCACAAGAAGGAGGCGCCGGGGCUGUCCUCGCUGCGCUUCACCCCGUCCCGAAGCGGCCCCGCGCUGCUCUGCGGCUGCAAACGCACCCGGAGCCCCCCGUACUGCGACGGCUCCCACCGGGGGCACGAGGUGCAGGCGGCGCCUGAGCGGGGCUCGGCAGCUCCGGGAUGCCCAUCCUGACCCCGGCACGGCCGCACGGCGGGAGGACAGGCUCCAAACCCCAAUGAAACCCUAAUUCCGGAGCGCCGGGAGCCGCCCCCGCUGCAGGGAUUCGCCUCCCGACCCCAAAUCAGCCUCUGGAUAAUGGGGUUGGUGGGAGGGACCCCAAAUCAGCCUCUGGAUAAUGGGGUUGGUGGGAGGGACCCCAAAUCAGCCUCUGGAUAAUGGGGUUGGGGAGGGGCCUGUGGGAGCUGUGGAGUUUGGCAGGAGGGAUCCGUGGGAUUUGGGCUCUGUGGGAUCUGUGGGAUUUGGGAUGGAGAUACCAAUGGGAUUUGGCAAGAGGCUCUGUGGGAUUCGGGCUCUGUGGGAUCUCUCAGGAGGCUCUGUGGGAUCUCUCAGUAGGCUCUGUGGGAUUCGGGCUCUGUGGGAUCAAUCAGGAAGCUCUGUGGGAUUUGGGCUCUGUGGGAUCUGUGGGAUUUGGGAUGGAGAUACCAAUGGGAUUUGGCAAGAGGCUCUGUGGGAUUCGGGCUCUGUGGGAUCUCUCAGGAGGCUCUGUGGGAUUCGGGAUCUGUGGGAUCUCUCAGGAAGCUCUGGGCAGCCACCCUUGUGGUGUUUGUUCAUUUCCAAAGCUGGACCCGAGGUUUGCAAAGGUUGAACCCUAGAGAUUGAGACUGGGAUCAUUCCCAGAGACUGGGAUAAUUUCCAGGACAAUAAACAGGGUCUGAACACACGGAGCGGUCUGGGAUGUACUGAGAGGAAAACCCGACACCAAAACACCCCCGAGCCCAAACCUGAACCCCAGCCCAAACCCAAAUCAUGCCCUGCCCAGCCCAGACAGUGUGCCCAGGCCAGGCAAUGGUUGGACACAGGAAUUGCUGAAUUCCAAACAGGAAUUGUUGAAUUCCGUGGAGAAAUUUUAAUUCCAUGCAGGAAUUGCUAAAUUCCGUGCAGGAUUUGCUAAAUUCCAUGCAGGAAUCAUUUAAUUCACUGCAGGAAUUGUUGAAUUCCCUGCAGGAAUUGUUGAAUUCCACAGAGGAAUUGCUGAAUUCCACACAGGAAUUGCUGAAUUCCCUGCAGGAAUUUGCUCCCUUCCCACGCUCACCCCUCUCGGGAGCCUCCUGGCCAAAGGCGCCGAAAUCUGAUUUUUAUUUUUAUGUUCUUUUAUUCCAAACGCACCAUGGGGGCAGGAGGAGAGGCUGGGAAGGGCAAGACACCAAAAAUAAAAAAAUUCGGGAUCAUGGGAAGCAGGGAGCAGCUCCAUCCCAACCUUUGGGUGCCCCCAAACUUCCCUGGAGCCAUCAGGACCUCGGGAAGAGAAAAUAUUUCGGGGGAUUUGUGCUGCUACCACCAAGUUGGAGGAAAAUACCCCCAAAACCCCCCAAAUUUACUGUGCAGAAGGGCAAAGCCCGCAGGGAACACAAAUCCCCCAGAAAACACCCAGGAUGAGAUCCAGGGACAGCUGGAGCUGCUGGAGCCGGCAGCUCCGGGCUGGGGUGUGAAUCCCCAGAAAAAAAACCCAAAAUGGGAAAUAAAACCCUAGAGCAGAGCCCAGGGAGGCUGAGGAGGGGUUUGGGGUUUUGGGAUUGUUUGGGUUUUGGGGGUUUUUGGGGUUUUGGGUUCUGUGCUUGGCCCUCACCUGUGCAGCCACGACCCUGGUGGGGAGGGAGGAGGAGGAAGAGGAGGAGGAGAAGGAAAAACCUCUGGGAAAAGCAGGAAUGUGGGAAUGGGGGAAUGCAGGAAUUUGGGAAUUUAUGAAUUUGGGAAUGCAGGAAUUUGGGAACAUGGGAAUGUUGGAAUUUGGGAAUUUGGGGAUCUGGCAGCUCCCAGCUCCAGGGGCAGGAUGAGGUGGGGGGGGCCUGAAGCUUCCAUGAAUCAAACCCAGACCUCAACCCCCCCAAAAAAAACCCAAAACCAAACAAAAACCCACCCAAAACCAACCCAAAGCACAUUUAAAAAUAUCCGCCGCCA